CCAUUCUCUACAGAUUUGACUUGAAAGUGAUGGCCGAGACCACUUGCAGAUAGAAUGUGAAUCCUACACUACGAGCAGCCAGGACGAUUCUCAUCUCUGGCCUACCUGAGCGAGUGUCGAGCACAUGGAAAAAUGUACAAGCCUCGCUUGGGGUGGAGAGAAAGAAAAGAAAAAGAAGAGGAGAAGAAGAAGAAGAAGAAGAAGAAGGAGAAGUAGGCAACCGACACAUGGGAAAGAAGAGAGAGAGAGAAAAUUAAGUAGGUGCAUGACUGUUACACUUUCUUGUCUUGUCUCUAUGCAGAUGGCAACGAGGCCGUGCGGUUGUGCCCAGAUGCAAAGGGCGAUGUCUCUCUUUCCCGAUACAAACGUAGCCUCUAAUACGACUGUAAUAUUCCGUCUACCACUCGUCCUAAGCCUCACUACCAGCUGCUUACACCACACAGUCGUUGCCUCACUUACAGAGCGACACCUACCUCUCAAUUCACUUAACGCAAAACUUCGGGGAAAACGAAUCUUCUUCCGCGCUGAGAAGCCACAAACCAUACUUUUCGAGUUGCGCCUUCUUCCUCUCACGCCCGAUAAUCCAGUUUGCAUGAACAGCCACAACCUGCUGGCGUUCUUCUGGAGUGAGACGCUCAGAGGGGUGAGGCCGAGCAACGCCGAAGAACCCGCGUCCUGAAGGGAAUAGCUUCUGGGGAAGGACGUGUACUGUAAAGUUUCGCUGCAUUUCUUUCACAGCGCGAUUUAACCCUUCCUGGAGUAGGAUGAAAGAUACUUUUUUAAUAGGUAGAAAGGUACAGAAAGAGAAGAGGAAGUGCAAUCCUUUGUGCUUCACCUGAUCACCAUAAUCCUUCCUCUGCAUCUCUUCCCUUUGCAUUUGCCUUUCCCAUUCUUGUAUGAGCAUGAAAGACUCAGGAGCCACAGGAAAAUAUUGAAAGCAACCGCAAAAACUGCAGAAUAAGGAUAAAGUGCAGAGAUGAUCCAUGAUUACGGGCCGUAGAGUUGACGCUGCUUUUCACUGGUGGGCGUGCGGAUUGUCAAGCUGAAUGGAUUGAAAAGAUUGACGACGACGACAAAACGACACCUCUCUUACUUGAAGAACAAUUCUCUUGCCGUUCCCCAGGUGAUUGACCACGUUCUUUCUCCAAACCAUGUCAACGUCAUUGAAAAGCACUGAAAAGCCGCGCAGAAGGAUCUCACGAAAAAAGUAAGGCCGUUCUUUGCAAAGCGAUAUAAAGUUCUUGUCCAGCCACUUCGUAGCGGCCGAUGAUAUCUGCUUUUCAGGCGGAGCCCGGGCCACGUUGUGAGGGAACACUUGCGUGAGAAUCUCCAUGCAUUUGUCGUCAUAGCAGAUGAUCAGAAAGCUUUUAAUCCCUUGUCUUUGAAUACUCCUGGCCCAGUUGACGGCAAAAUCGACCUAAAACAAAAGACAUAAAGAAUCGGGGAGGCCGACCAAAGAGACAAAUGAAGCCACCAUGCCACAGUUGACUGUCGUUAAGAUAAUCAAUCCACGGCUAUCAGCAAUUGACGAGAGCAGAGCCCGAGAGAGGAAAUCAGAGGAAGCAUCCGACGGGACCUCAUCGUGUGCGGAGGAGCCGUUCGGCAACAUCGCUGGUCUGAGUGCUCGCAAGUCCCUAAGACUGUCGUAGGACGCGGCGCUCCAGAGAGAGAUGGAAAGCACAGACAAGACGGCAAAGACUGCAACAAGGACUAUCGAACGUCUUGACGAACACCUUCGUCCUUGACGGAGCUCACUUUGAGGAGCUUUCUCGGAUGAGCUCAUAGAAGCAAAGCAGAAGUAAACUCACUAGAACCACUCACUUAAAGUUGUGUUUUAUAGAGUGCCCCCGGGUGCAGAGCCACAGCACUCG